CUCGCUUGAACGCGCGUUUGCUUUUGUAGCCGUGCUCACACCACCACUACCCACUGCGCUCACCAGGGUCAAUUUACACUUGUCGACUUGCGCGCGAUCGCUGCUGCGGCGCGCUGCAGCUGGCUGCUCCCCUGCUCACUUCAAAAGUGCUCGAACUGCCUACGCGUGUUUUGGCGGCGCGCGGUGCGGUUCGCCGCUGGAGACGACCGCAGCAGUUACGGACGACCGCAGCACUGUCGCGACGGCGUCGUCCCCCGCAGGCCGCCACACCGAGGCCGUCGCGCCAUGAAGCUCCUCCACGCCGCGCUGCUCGUCGCCGCGGCGGACGCCGCGCGGCGGCGCGGCGCGGUCUCGGUCACGGCGACCGAGCCCCCGUCACCUGAAGACGACGCCAAGACGAAGCAGACGGUCAAGGCGCCCAAGGGUCCGCCCAUUAAUCUAGGAGGCACCAUCGAGACGAGAUUAGGAGACCAGCUCACGGUCGGCGGCGAGUACGACCAGCGCGACGGCCAGUUCCGGCCGCGCCAAAUCUACGCGACGUGGAACGUGCCGACGAAGUCGCGCAACCCGCUCGUGGUCCGCGGCACGUACAGCUUCGUCCAGGAGCCCGAGCGGCGCUCCUUCUUCGCGUCGUUGAUCAAGGUCCUGACCGCGCCCUUCACGUUCCUCUUCGGCAGCCGGUAGGUGUGUCUAAAAGAGAAU